AAUGAUCACCUUCGUUCUGCCUAUCACCGAGACCAUAUGUCAACAAAGUCAUGCCCAUGACCUCCGGAAGCAGAACGACUCGAGCUUGUAAAUAGCGGAGAUUGCUCCCGGUUCAGUCUCUCACCUUGAUCGCCUCAUCUGAGACCUGUGAGACGAAAACUUCGUUUAACUUUGUUUAACUUGUUGACGUCUCUCCUGAGUUCACCCCAUACCGCACGGCGGAGGGGCUAGCCCCCCUCCAGGUCCGGGGCCUAAAGAUCCUACCGUACCUGGAUGACUGGCUAAUUUGUGCCUCAUCUCAGGUGCAGGUGGUGCACGACACCGAAGCAGUUCUGACCCAUAUCCAGGCCCUGGGUUUCACGGUCAACUGGAAAAAGAGCAACUUGCAGCCCCGCCAGCAGGCGGAUUUCCUUGGUGUCCUCCUCGACUCGGUCAGCAUGACGGCGUCUCUCACUCCACGGAGGGCAGACAGCUUGACCGAGGCUCUGACAGGCUUUCGGCUGGGCAGACUGGUCACCGCCCACAAAGUCCAGAGGCUGUUUGGCUUAAUGGCCGCGGCAGCUGCGGUACUGCCAGGCCCCCUGCAGUGUUGGUUCAAUGCCUUUCAGCUCCACCCGAGAGACGACAGGCAUGUGAAGUUGCGGGUGUCUCCUGCUUGCAUCCGAGCCCUGCGUCCUUGGACGGAACGGAGGUUCUUACUCCAGGGUGUUCCACUGGGGGGCCUUCCUCACAAGAGGCAAGUCAUCUCGACAGACGCUUCUCUGACAGGCUGGGGAGCUGUCUGGGAAGGGCUGUCAGCGAGGGGCGUGUGGCCUCCCUCCUGGACGUCAGAGCACAUCAACGUCCUCGAGCUGAAGGCCAUCCAUCUCGCCCUGCAGAGGUUCCUGCCAGGGUUGCGAAGCCAACAUGUUCUGGUGAGGUCAGACAGCACCUCGGCGGUGUAUCAUGUCAAUCACCAAGGCGGCACGAGGUCCUGGCGGUGCCUCCAGGUGGCGGAGGAGUUGCUGUCAUGGGCAUGGCCGCGUCUGGCUUCAGUGAGGGCAGUACACGUUCCAAGUGUGGAGAACAGGGCGGCCGACAUUAUCUCCAGGACCGGGCCACUCCCGGGGGAAUGGAGAUUGAACCCAGAGGUGGUCAGCCAGGUCUGGGCUCAGUAUGGGACUGCACAAGUGGACCUGUUUGCGUCGGCGGAAACGACUCACUGCCCUGAGUGGUACUCUCUCGUGGGACAGGGAGGCAGUUUGGGCCUGGAUGCUCUGUCACAAGACUGGCCGACAGGCUUGUUGUACGCUUUUCCUCCAUCCCCACACACAAGGCCAGAGUGAUGGCAAAUAAUCGUUCCUGCCUCAAAACCCAGAUUGCUGCUAAAAAGGUGUGGUCUAGAAUCAUUUUGGAUUGGUAGGUAUUAUAUGAAUCAAUUUGAGAGCUGUGAUGGCAAAUAAAGAUGUUUCUAGUGAUUGUUUAAAAAGGGUAUGAAUAAUUUUGGACAUGCCAUUUUUCAUAAA